AUGGAGAAAGAUGUUUUCAUUAAAUUAUGCGAUGAAUUGGAAGCUAAUUAUGGAUUUAAGGGUUCAAAGAGAAUGUGUGCUCUUGAGAUAUUAGGCAUGUUUUUAUUUACAUUAGGUCACGGUGCUGGAAACCGAUUAACACAAGAGCGAUUCCAACACUCAGGCGAGACAGUUAGUCGAUAUUUCAACAAGGUUUUAGAUGUUUUAUGUCAUAUGAGUGUAGAUGUAUUAAAACCACCAGACCCAGAAUUUAAAGAUGUUCCUGAAGAGAUAUUGAAAGAUUCUAGAUAUAUGCCUCAUUUUAAGAACUGUAUUGGCGCAAUAGACGGUGUACAUGUGAAUGCUGUAAUUCCACCUGAAGAUCAAGUACCAUUUGUUGGUAGAAAAGGGAUACCAACUCAGAAUGUCAUGGCAAUAUGUAAUUUUGAUAUGCAAUUUAUAUAUGCAUAUGCUGGGUGGGAAGGUUCUGCUCACGAUACAAGAAUUUUCUAUACAGCUUUACGUGAUUCAACUUCAAAUUUUCCAAAACCUCCCCAAGGAAAAUAUUAUUUAGUGGAUGCGGGAUACCCACAAAUUACAGGUUUUUUAGGACCAUAUAAAGGCCAAAGAUACCAUCUACCACAAUUUCAACGAGGUAGCAAACCUACUGUUAUAAAGAGGCAUGCAAAACGUGAUCGACAUUUUGAGAAAAUUAGAGAUAAUCCAUAUUAUUGUGUAGAAGAUCAAACUAAUAUUGAAGAUGAAGAUGAGACAGCUAGAGCUUCAAAUUUAAAUGAAAUGGACAAUACUAGAGAUCUGAUUGCUGCAACUUUUUCUCACAGCACAGCUACAGCUGCUUUUUCUCACAGCACAGCUACAGCUGCUUUUUCCCACAGCACAGCUGUACCAAACUGGCCCUAA